AUGAAGUUUGUAAGGGCGGAGGGGGUGGUAGAAUCCGAAGUUGUAUUAGAAGACGAUUUUAACGUGGGUAGUGCAGUGCAGGUUAGUGCCUUAACUUUUUCGUUUGUUAACUUUGAUAAUCUUUGCGUGUUUUCACAGCCUAGCUGCGUUGCAGUGCCAUUCACAUGCUCGGAGAAGAAAUUCAAGUUUUUGGACAAGCUACCGGAUCGUGAGAUGGGUUUAUGUGAUGUCGCUCCAACCGUUCUUCAAGUGAUGGGAUUGCCGAUUCCUUCAGAUAUGACUGGAAAGCCGCUGGUAACCGAAGCAUGA